UACUCACAGUUGCCAGUGGUGGACAGAUUUGGAAGUGUUGGGAUCUACUGCUCAAAAAUACUUUCUUGAGUCCCUUUCCCGUUAUCUCAGCAGUCUUUCUGCCACUGCAGUGUGUUUUCUUUCCGUGGUGCUGCACACACCGUCUCCCAGUUCUGAAGUACGUGGGAAAUACUCAUCAGAAAACCAUGUUGGGACAGCACGAGAGUCUGCGGUACAUUGCCCCACUGCUGACCACGGUGGAGGAGACUCCGCAGGCCAUCCCUGCUCACAUCCGAGGACACAUUCCUGAGUGGCUCAAUGGCUGUCUGCUUCGUGUUGGACCUGGGAAGUUCGAGUUUGGCAAGGAUAAAUAUAAUCACUGGUUUGAUGGAAUGUCUUUGCUCCACCAGUUCAAGAUGGAGAAGGGAACAGUGAUGUACAGGAGCAGGUUCCUACAGAGUGACACAUACAAGGCCAACAGCAUUGGAAACAGAAUUGUGAUUUCAGAAUUUGGCACACUGGCUCUUCCUGAUCCAUGCAAGAGUAUUUUUGAACGUUUCAUGUCAAGGUUUGAGCCUCCUGCCAUGACUGACAACACCAAUGUCAACUAUGUACAAUACAAGGGUGAUUACUACUUGAGUACUGAGACCAAUUUUAUGAAUAAAGUGAACAUUGAAACCUUGGAAAGAACAGAAAAGGUAGACUGGAGCAAAUUCAUUGCCGUGAAUGGAGCGACCGCACAUCCUCAUUACGACCCAGAUGGAACAGCAUACAACAUGGGCAACACCUACGGGCCAAGAGGUUCCUGCUAUAAUGUUAUUCGUGUCCCUCCAGAAAAGGGGGAGCCUGGGGAGACAAUUCAUGGAGCCCAGGUGAUAUGUUCUAUUGCUUCUGAAGAGAGAAUGAAGCCUUCUUACUACCAUAGUUUUGGAAUGACGAGGAACUACAUAAUCUUCAUUGAACAGCCUCUAAAAAUGAAGCUGUGGAGAAUAAUCACUUCCAAAAUUCGAGGAAAGGCCUUUUCCGAUGGGAUAAGCUGGGAACCCCAGUAUAAUACGCGGUUUCAUGUGGUGAAUAAACACACUGGACAGCCUCUUCCAGGGAUGUACUACAGCAAACCUUUUGCUACUUUUCAUCAAAUCAAUGCCUUUGAGGACCAGGGCUGUGUUGUGAUUGAUCUGUGCUGUCAAGAUGAUGGAAGAAACAUAGACAUUUACCAACUACAGAACCUCAGGAAAACUGGGGAAGGGCUUGAUCAGGUCUAUAAUUCAAUGGCAACAUCUUUCCCUCGAAGAUUUGUUUUGCCCUUAGAUGUCAGUGUGAAUGUCCCUGAGGGAGAGAACCUCAGUCCAUUGUCCUAUUCUUCAGCCAGUGCUGUGAAACAGGGUGAUGGAAAGAUCUGGUGCUCUCCUGAAAGUCUACAUCAUCAGGACCUGGAGUUGGAAGGGGGAAUUGAAUUUCCUCAGAUAAACUAUGGCCAAUUCAAUGGGAAAAAGUAUAAUUUCUUCUAUGGCUGUGGCUUUCGGCAUUUGGUGGGGGAUUCUCUGAUUAAGGUUGACGUGGUGAACAAGACGCUGAAGGUUUGGAGAGAAGAUGGCUUUUAUCCCUCAGAGCCCAUUUUUGUUCCAGUACCAGGAGCCAGUGAAGAAGAUGGUGGGGUUGUUCUUUCCGUGGUGAUCACUCCCAGCCAGAAUGAAAACAAUUUUCUUCUUGUCUUGGAUGCCAAGAACUUUGAAGAAUUGGGCCGAGCAGAGGUACCCCUGCGGAUGCCGUAUGGGUUCCACGGCACAUUUGUACCCAUCUGACGGCACAACCACAAGUUAUCCCCUUCAUGGCAGAACCGCAAUCUUGGACCAGUUAAACUGUUCAGGCGCCUUUCAAAUUUUCACUGUUGCGGGAAAAAACAUGUAAUUUGAGACACUCGUAAAUGUAGGGUUGUUUUCCACACAUUCCUGCUUUGUCAGCCUCUUCUUUAAUUUUCUUCAGGAGUUAUUCCAAACUCCAUUAAUCCCAUCCUCUUCAGUGAAGUGUUCCAUACAUAUAAAUGCCUUGUGUGGAGGUUUGUACCAUGACAAUAAAGUAAAAGGAAAGCCCCA